CUAAGUCGUAGUAGGUCCAAGCCGCGGAAGGAAAAUGGCGCUGAGUCAAGGAACAAAGAAGAAAGUGUGCUAUUACUAUGAUGGUGAUGUUGGAAAUUAUUAUUAUGGACAGGGGCAUCCCAUGAAACCUCAUAGAAUUCGUAUGACACACAACCUGCUGCUGAACUAUGGACUUUACCGGAAAAUGGAGAUCUAUAGACCCCACAAAGCCAGUGCAGAAGAGAUGACAAAGUAUCACAGUGAUGAUUAUAUAAAAUUCCUGCGCUCCAUACGACCAGACAAUAUGUCCGAAUACAGUAAACAGAUGCAGAGAUUUAAUGUUGGUGAGGACUGUCCAGUGUUUGAUGGCUUGUUUGAAUUCUGCCAACUCUCCACGGGGGGCUCUGUAGCAAGCUCUGUUAAACUAAACAAACAACAGACGGACAUUUCAGUAAACUGGUCUGGUGGCCUUCAUCAUGCCAAGAAAUCUGAGGCAUCUGGUUUUUGUUAUGUCAACGAUAUUGUCCUUGCCAUCCUGGAACUAUUGAAGUAUCACCAGAGAGUUCUGUAUAUUGAUAUAGACAUUCACCACGGUGAUGGUGUGGAGGAGGCCUUUUACACAACUGAUAGAGUUAUGACAGUAUCCUUCCACAAGUAUGGAGAGUAUUUUCCUGGAACUGGUGAUCUGAGAGAUAUUGGUGCAGGGAAAGGCAAAUAUUAUGCUGUGAAUUAUCCCUUACGGGAUGGAAUUGAUGAUGAGUCCUAUGAAGCAAUUUUUAAACCAGUAAUGUCUAAAGUUAUGGAGAUGUACCAGCCCAGUGCAGUGGUCCUACAGUGUGGAGCAGAUUCCUUAUCCGGGGAUAGACUUGGAUGUUUCAAUUUGACCAUCAAAGGACAUGCCAAGUGUGUGGAGUUCAUAAAGACCUUUAACUUGCCACUGCUUAUGCUAGGAGGUGGAGGUUACACUAUCAGGAAUGUGGCUCGUUGCUGGACAUAUGAAACAGCUGUGGCUCUGGACUCUGAGAUCCCUAAUGAGCUUCCAUACAAUGAUUAUUUUGAAUAUUUUGGGCCAGACUUCAAGCUUCAUAUCAGUCCAUCCAACAUGACCAAUCAGAACACUAAUGAAUAUCUGGAGAAAAUCAAGCAGCGCCUUUUUGAGAACUUGCGCAUGCUUCCUCAUGCUCCAGGAGUCCAGAUGCAAGCCAUCCCAGAGGACUCUGUACAUGAUGACAGUGGUGAAGAAGAUGAGGAAGAUCCUGACAAGCGCAUUUCCAUUCGGUCAUCGGAUAAAAGGAUUGCGUGUGAUGAGGAGUUCUCUGAUUCUGAAGAUGAAGGGGAAGGAGGUCGCAGAAACGUGGCCAGUUUCAAGAAAGUAAAACGGGUUAAAACAGAGGAGGAAAAGGAUGGAGAAGAAAAGAAAGAUGUUAAAGAAGAGGAGAAACCUAAAGAUGAGAAGACAGACAGCAAACGGGUAAAAGAAGAGACCAAAUCUGCCUGAUCCUUCAUGUAUGGGGAAGAAGUCCCAAGACCAAUGAAUUCCUAUGGUUUUAUAUUUUAUAUAUGCCCUGUACAGAACCCUUUCUAUAAAAGUCCCAGCACAGGCUAAAUUAUUCUUCCC